AUGAGAACGUCUCGUCGUGAUAGUGGACCUACCUCUGGCGGGCGUCUGGUCACUAAUACAUCUGCCAUGUCUGCCCAGACUGGCACUAAGUUCACCUACAAGAGUCCCUACUUGCAAGCAAAUCCUUUGCUUAUGAGCGCGGAUCUCUCAAGAAAACAAAUGCACAAGCCGAGAAAAGACGUUUCUUACAAGACUGCGCGCACAUACAAUCCAGCACCGUUGCGACGUACUGAGACGGCUAAGAAUAUUCUUACAGAUAUUAUACCACUGUGGGACAGCCUCGAUGUAUGCAUUGAAGAGCGCAAUCUUGCUUAUGAGCGACUGGAUGCAAACAGGGCUGAGAUCCCCACCUACAUAAAUAAGUUAAAAGCUCUUUUAGAUCUCAGAGAAGCAUACCUGACAAGCAUUCAGGAAUAUGAGAGCGCCUUUGGCAAUAUUGAAAGCGCUUUGAAAGGAGGAAAGGGGAGCAGGAAGUCCCUUGCAAACGAUCUCCUCCUUCUUCGGUCAUCUAUAAUUUCCAUAGUUUCUGUCGUCAAUGCAUCACGAGUAAUCUGUGAAAAGCCAGUUUCAUUUAAUCCUCUCAGAACAGGAUUUUCCCAGAAGUCUCCAAACUACAUCGUGAGGAUGAAGAAAAGAGGUUUCAAUCAAGUCGAUUUUGCAGUUAUGUUUACUGUUUUAAAGUAUAGCAAGAGUCAAGCUUUAUCUGACCAUAAAGCCCUGUUAUCUUCCUUCUACGGUAUGUGGGAUAGCGUCAAAGACGAAGAAUUUUCAAACCAAAAUGACAACAUUCAUACCCCAGCUGCAUGUGUUAUGCUCCCUGGUGUAGACACAGCCUCGCCUAUCAAUGAUUUUGCAUCCUUGGCUCUUCUACUGGGGGUUGCUCCUCCAAUGACGUUUGCUUUUGAGGGAGAUGAUUUAGGGGUGCGAUGGGUAGAACACUUAGAGCAGGUGCGGGGGCCAUCUAUGGGCAAGGCUCCUCUUCCUUGUCUGGAGCUGACUCCAGAGGAAGUGUUCACAGCAUUUGCAGUCGAGCGAACAACCAUUAACCAAUUAACCGAUCUUAUGAGGCAGGCAAACAAAAGUGAUUGUGGGAUUGUUGCUGUUCCUCCGCUCUCAGCUUCGGAUACGUUGGAUGUUUAUGACAGGAUCUUUACGCAGGAGGAUGAAGGGUCAAAUAAAAUAGUCUUGCUACGACGUCUAACGGAUGGUGAUGAUGAAAGUGUUGUUCCUCAUAGACAGUCUUCUGCUAUUGCUCACAUUGAACGCUCUACCGAUGAUGACCACCGUUCUUCUUUAGAUGCAUCUGUAUCUAACGAAGCUUGUCAAUCUGAACAGGCGAAUUUUGCAUCUAAUGAGCAUCUUUCAACUCAUGUCUCUAGUAGACCGUUAAGUGGUUCAUCAGGCGCGCCCACUAUUCUACCACCAUUAAAGGCGUCGCUGGAUAUUAUACUUCCACAACCUGAUGAGCACGAGGUGCAGCUUGAGCCAUCGGGGUCAAUAUCUCCCGCUGUGAUUGCAUCGCAACCUGAAGUGAUAGCCGAUCUACCAACUAUUGAGAUGGAUGGCAAUGAUCUACGCGAAGAUGCUCCCAUAGUUAAUCUUUCUCCUCCAAAGGACGAGGAGUCGCUAGAGAUGCAAGCACUAGCUCACUCAUCCAUAUCAUCAACUCAGAAUUUAAGCACCUAUGAUGAACAAAGUUAUCAUGAGGAUCCAGAUAUUAUUGAACCAGAAGUGGUUGGUCCUUCAUUUGCAGCUAGUAGUGGAGGUUUGGACAUACCAUCAGAGGACCCAUAUGCUGAGUUUACUGCGCAGCCCCCAAGCUCCUCGACCAAUGCUAAAGAUCUAAAUAUUAUUUCUCCUGCUACUGCCCUUAUUCCCAAAAUAAGUGAGUGUACGUUGCUUCCGCCGUCAACUGCCACGGAAAUCGCCUCUCGAGACGAUGUAAUGAGCGCAACUAUUGUAACUAUAUCUUCACCCAGAAAUAUUCUUUCGACAGGUGGAUCCUUGCUAAGGGAAAUUGAUCUACUACACAACGAGCAUCCUGAGAGUCAAGUUAAUAUCAACGAUGAAUACAUUCCAUGUGUGGUGAUCACUUCUAGUCAUUUUGAUAGGAUCACUACUUCACAAGUACGAAGUAGUAGUACUGGGCGAUACGCCUGUCUAGACUCUACAGACUAUGAGGAUUCUAGUACAGCCAAACACUUUCAAGUAUAUGAAGUUGACGACGAGCACGUCUGUGAUAAUAUCAUCCUUUUAUCUAGGAUUCGCGAAGACAUCUUGGACGAACCAUGUAGUACUCCUCUAACAGAUUUUACUCGACCAGAUGGGACCCCGCUAUUACAAUCUCGAAGUAGAAAGGAACCUGAGUCUGUUGGUUUACAGCAGCUUACUGCUAGUAAGAGUUACUCUUCUCUUCCUGCAAAGAAACAGCCCGAGCAGCAAGAGGCGCCCGUCGAAGAACCUGAAGCGCCCGUUGAGGAGCCCGAGGAGGCACGCCUUGCAGACCCCGCGGAGCCCGUCGAAGAACCUGAAGCGCCCGUUGAGGAGCCCGAGGAGGCACGCCUUGCAGAGCCCGCGGAGCCCGUCGAAGAACCUGAAGCGCCCGUUGAGGAGCCCGAGGAGGCACGCCUUGCAGACCCCGCGGAGCCCGUCGAAGAACCUGAAGCGCCCGUUGAGGAGCCCGAGGAGGCACGCCUUGCAGACCCGCGGAGCCCGUCGAAGAACCUGAAGCGCCCGUUGAGGAGCCCGAGGAGGCACGCCUUGCAGAGCCCGCGGAGCCCGUCGAAGACCUUCUUGUAG